CAGACGGGGCAGCGGGGCGCUCUAUCCAUGUUGAGGAGGAAAACUAUUCAUCCAGAAGGGGAAACAUUUUUAUAUACACACACUGCAAUGCCAGCUCACUUUUUCGGGAUAUCUAACAGUUUAGGAUCGCAGGAGACGUGUGUUUAAAGGGCCCGACCGGGACAGAAGGGGGGGAAACUUCUUUUUUUUUAUUUCUCUGGAGAAACUUGACAGCAAGGGGGAUUUAUUGGACAAAGAUGACGCACAAGCACUACAGCCAGCGCUCUCUACUUGUUCUGUCUUUACUGGGGAUUUUAUCGGCCAUCAUGUCUGUUUUAUCGGUCAUUUUGAUUUUCCAGCUGCAGUCUCAGCAGGCGGCGGUGAAGGAGUCUCCCCCGUCCGCCUUCUCCUCGGUCAUAGGCGCUCCUGUGUGGGCCGUACUGCUGCCGGUAUCCACGGUGCUCUCCGCUCUGGCUCUCACUCUUCAUUUAAGCUCUGUGGUGGUGUGUCUCCUCCACAGUUACUUUUCAACAGAGGUGUGCAGAGGAGAGCAGGAUGCUGAAAGAGCAGACUGGUUUCUUUUGGAUAGCAGAGGUGUGCGACAUGUGGCUAUCGGACUGUUCUGUCUGGGGGUUUCUCUCUACUUGGCAGCCAUGUCCAUCUUUAUGCUCCUAAUAUUUGAGGUGGAGACGGGUAUCGCCAGCGCUUGUGUCCUCUCCUCUGGGAUCUUAAUCCUGCUGGUGGUUGUGAUCCACUCUCUGGUCAAAGCAUCCCAUACUGACAAGCACUAUCACGGCAACCACCUUGACACCCUGUAUCAGAACGACCACGGGAGCAGCAGCAGCACGCCUCUCUCUCGGCCCUGCGAGCUCAGAAUCGGUGUGGACAAACCACGGAUUCACCGCAGCCAGUCUCACAUCCAGCAUCAGAUCUCCUACCCUCCGUGCGGCAACGCCAGACAGCGAGAGCAACACCAGCACCAGCAGUACUCCCCUGCCGCAGGUUCGCAAGGCCACGCUAGUGAUAAAGACGGCUACAGCAGUGGUGGCAGCUGUCCUCGAAUGCACAGGACCCUGUCUACUGAAUCUGGUUUACUGCAGGCCCAGGCUAAACCCUGGAAUGGGGUCAACAAUGAGAUGAGGAGUGUCCUCGCACGCAAGUCGGGGAUUUCUGCAAAAGACUCUACUCUUGUGUGACAUAAAGGAAGCUGAGCUCCUGGUUACGGACAUUGAUGACCUUUAAGUAUCUCACUAAGAGGACUGCUAACAAGUGUCAUCUAAACACAGACGUAGAAGUGUCACCUUGUACCUUUUUACUCUCAACAUGUUUAUCCUGACUGAUUGCAGACAACAUGGGAAUGAGAGAGAAAAACAGACUUAAGUUUUCACAUUUAUCAACUGAUUUGUCCCCUUGAGAUUAUAAAGCAUUUUUACCUUGAUGGAGAACAUAGUGAGCCUGACUUUUGUAUAAUUUGUAGUGUUUUGUACAAAUGAACUUGAUUUAAAUCUCAUUUUACACACCAAUAUUGCCCAAGUAUCAAUCUGGCAAAUUUAUGACUUUCAUUGUAAUAAUGUAAAUACUUUAUUUUACUGUAUUUGGCGUCUUUUUGCCAAAUAUUUGAGCACAAUGUGCAGGUUUGUUUUGUUAUGUGUUCCAAAUGAUUUCAUGGCAAUAAAUGUAUUAAUUCUUGAAAAUAUAAUUCAACUUAAAAGUAGGAUGAUUUUGGACAUUUAAAUAGGGCAUUAAAAUAAUGUUCACAAAAGCCUGUCAUCUUAAGAGAUAUUUUCGCACAUUUUUGACAGACGCUCUUAUGUAUCUUAAAUAUAGACCUGAAUGUGAUCAUGUCAUGUCUGAAGGAAC